AGUAUUGGAGGAAACAACAAAAGUGGCAUACUUUCUACAACGGUCAAUUUGUUAUUUACUCUAAUUUCAGAGAAGAAUGUAUCAUUUUGUAUGAAGGAUUAUCAGUCGAAAAACAUCAGUUAAAAUUAUAACAUUCCAAGGAUUAUUAAAGACAGAAACUAGUGUGUUUUCUGUCUAUGGAUUGGAUGUAACAUUACUUGGUCUAUUGGCUCUGGCGUUGAUUAGAGAGCGGAACUGCAUCAAUAUAAUAUACUAGUAAUUGCGUCCUGACUUUGGAAUAGCAGGAAACUCUCAUCGACCCCCCCCCCCCUUUCGUGAUGUGGUGAUAUCACUAAAUAGCAUAACAAGUAUUCUAGAGAACGAAAGAGUGGAUGAAUAUAGAAAUCACGAUGCCUCAAGUACACAACCGACAAUUAAUGAUGGAGAUGGAUUCCAGUUCGUUCGGGAAAACCUCUCGCUAUAUGGCCGUUACCAGUUUUACAGAGGACAGUCGUAAACGCGUCGAAAUACUCAAUUUCCACGAAAAACUCAAACAAAAAACAACACUUUCAAGGAUGGUAAACCGAAAUAAUCUCGAGCGUAUAAAAUACAAUCGAGCCACAGGAGUCCUAAAGGAGCGCUUGAAACAUAUACAAGCCUACAAGAAGGUGACACAGAACAAUAGUAUCCUAAGAUCUAAAGACUACAAACAAUCACUGAACAAGAAGUACAGCUUUCAAGCACUGAAACCUGAAAUAAACUCUACCCUUAUCGAAAUGCAACCGGCUGUUCGUAGAGAAUUAAUGGCCAAGAAGAAGAUUGAACGCAAUAGGAGUGAGUGUUUGAAAUUGAUAGAGAAGAACCUUGAUGCGUUCGAUACUCCGGAACAACGCGCUAGAGAGGAGCGAAAACGACAAAUGUUGACAAUUAAGGAUGAAGAUGAUGAAGAUUCUGAAAUAUUAGGUCUUAGUCGACAUCCAACUAAUCUAAGUGUAAGAAAACCAUAUUUCAAAAGGGAACGAUCAAAAGUACAAACAAUGAAACGUAAAGGUAGUUUACGGCCCCUCAAACCACUUCCAGGACUCGAGUCCAAAGGCCAACAUCCUAUAUUGCCAGAUGUGCGAAAAACACAUCAUAAUCUGCCUGCCAAGGACCAUCCUUUAGAUACCUUACCUCAAAAAGUCACGCUUCCCCCGCUUGAUCUUAAAAAGACUUUACCAAACCCCUAAUGAGUCAACAUUCACAGGACAACAUAAAUACUUUUCCUUUGAGUUGUACUUCUCGGCCGAAUUUGAUACACGACCAAAGCAAUUCUGAUGCCAUUUAAAACAAUCCAGAUCUCAAUCAUUGAUCCAAAUUGACCUGAACGUAAUUCACUUUGUAUGACAGCAAUCUGGUGCUCAAACUGAUCUUCGUAGAGAAUGCGCAUACUCAACUGUAUCCAUUUCGCUGUUUAGUUUCAUGGUGUUCAACCUCAUAAAAUUAAUAUAAAAAUACAAAAUUACAGGAUUGCAUUUUGUGCCAGAUUAUCUAAAACUUGGUAUGCAAAUACCUAUAGAUAGAUAUGUAUUUUAUUUUAUACCGACCACAUGUUUGAUACAGAGGAAAUGAAUAAGUCCAAUGUCAGCAAAUGCAUACAUGUAUUGACAAUCUGACAUAUCUUCGUUUAUCAUCCAAUGUCAUAUAUCAAAAAUAGGGACAUACUCAGAUACUGAGGCCCAGGAAUACGUUAAAAAUGUUUAAAAAGUCCCCUAGUGUACUGAGUUGGUAAUGCGUGGUGUAUACAUGUUUAUUCCAUAGUUAGCAUGAUAUUCAUAGGAUAACAUGUGAAAAUAAAAACGGUAUUUUUGUAAUCAGUGGUAAAAUAUGAUAUUUUUGAGAAAUUUUCACUUAACCAUAGCAUACGGUUUUUUAGCCAUGACAUACGACGUCGUAUGCGAUGGUUUAUGGAUUUUUGCUACUUCAGACUCAAAACGAGGCUAAGUGUCAACAUCGCCGGAUCGUUUGGAAAAUUCGAAUUAAAUGACUUAAUUUCCGAAGAUUCUGAUGAUGACUUUAACUAUG